GACUACAAAGACUCGAAAUUCUCACAAUGUCGAGCACUUGACUUGAGUAACUGGCUUGUGUUUCUCUCCAAAUAACUCAACACAUUUAUAAGGUAUUUUAUAGACUAACACCUACAUAUAUAAUAUAUAUAUUUGUGAAGAUAUUAGAUCUGUAUAUUUACAUAUAUUAUCAGAGAGAGAAAGUGCGUGUGUGUGUGAAAUUAACGUCAGAGUUAACCUCAGAACGAAUUAAUUAUCAGAAAAGGCGGCCAGGAAAUUAAAACAAAACUCUAAUUAAUAAGACCGAAGUGUUUGUAAGCUCAGCAGAAUGGCUGAGCUACUAUCAAUUCAUGUCCAUAUUCCACCAAACCAGAUGAUUCACAGUGCUGCUACUGUGCCAAGCAAAUCUAAAUUGCCCCAACAGAACCUGUCUUUAUACGGAGAGGCCCUGCCAUUGAAACCGAUCUCGCAACAACAGCAAUCUGAUGUGGCUGCUUCGGAGAAAACCAUUCGGAUGAAACAGAAUAAAAGCAGAUUUGCUAAACUUCCACAGAGGAAAGCUGUUGAUAUUGAGUUUAAGGAAUUAACUUAUGCCAUUCAGGAAGGCAGACAUAAAGAUAAAAAAACUAUUCUUAAAAGUAUUUCUGGAAAGUUUUGUUCCGGUCAACUGACAGCCAUUAUGGGCCCUUCAGGGGCUGGCAAGUCUUCACUGAUGAAUAUUCUUGCUGGAUACAGGACAUCCAAUGUCAGCGGAGAUAUCUUGAUUAAAGGCAAAGAACGAAACCUGAGAACAUUCCGUAAAAUGUCUUGUUAUAUCAUGCAAGAUGACCAUUUGCUGCCCCAUCUCAGUGUCGAGGAGUCAAUGAUGUGUUCUGCUAACCUGAAACUGAAUGAGAAGAUGAGUAAAGCAGAGAAGCAAAGUUUGGUUGAUGAAAUUCUUGAGACUCUUGGACUAACAGAGACGAAAAAGACACGGACUGGCAACUUGUCAGGUGGACAGAGAAAGAGACUGUCCAUUGCUCUAGAGCUCGUUAAUAACCCACCAAUUAUGUUCUUUGAUGAACCGACCAGUGGUUUGGACAGUGCCUCCUGUUAUCAGUGUAUAUCUUUAUUGAAGUCUUUGGCUGCUGGCGGCAGAACUGUUGUCUGUACUAUACAUCAACCCAGUGCAAAACUCUUUGAGAUGUUUGACCAUUUAUACAUGCUGGCUGAAGGUCAGUGUAUCUACCGUGGAUGUGUUUCCAAUUUACUGCCAUAUUUCGAAAAACAAGGAGUUGUCUGUCCACCAUACCACAACCCUGCAGAUUUUGCUAUAGAAGUUGCUGUUGGAGAAUAUGGUAUUGAGAAAGUGAACCAGUUGAUUCUGGCUGUGAAGAAUGGUCGCUGUGUCCGACCUCUUCCUUCUCCAGAGAUUGUCAUCAAUGACCAGGAAAAAGCAGCGUUGAUGCGGUGUGAGAAAGAAGCUAUGAUGGUUAAUGGUACACCAAUGGUGCACCACAACCAGCACGAGUAUGACUGGAACCCAGAAUUAGAGGAGAAGAAGAAAUUAAUGGAACCUGCGGCUUUGUCGAACCUAUGUAAUGGUUACACCAAUAAUCACCUGCCUGUGCAGGUGGACCACAUUAAACCUCACAUAAACACUCCGACUAUUGUCACCAAAGCAGAUGAGAACGACUAUGAAUUACACACUUUUGCCACAAGUUGUUUCACUCAGUUCAGAAUUCUCUUCAUUCGAACCUUCAUCACAAUUCUUCGAGAUACGACACUGACCAGACUACGAUUACUUGCCCAUGUAUCUGUUGGCGUCCUCAUUGGAUUACUUUAUUUGGGAAUCGGUAAUGAAGCUAGCAAAGUCUUCAACAACACAGGUUGUCUCUUCUUCUGUAUGCUCUUCCUCAUGUUUACAGCUCUCAUGCCAACCAUUUUGACAUUUCCCAUGGAAUUGUCAGUAUUUGUACGUGAACAUUUGAAUUAUUGGUACAGCCUGAAAGCUUAUUACCUUGCAAAAACAAUGGCUGAUAUGCCUUUCCAGGUGAUCCUGCCCCUUGUGUAUGGCAGUAUAGUGUACUGGAUGACCUCACAGCCAUGUGACUUCCUCCGCUUCUUCAUGUUCAUGACGUUAGCAACCCAGACAUCUUUGGUGGCCCAAUCCAUGGGACUCUUAAUUGGAGCAGCAACAUCACUACAGGUGGCAGUGUUUCUUGGUCCUGUCAUGACUAUACCAAUUCUUCUGUUCAGUGGUUUCUUUGUCAACUUUGACACCAUACCAUCCUACCUCCAGUGGCUGUCUUACGUCUCUUAUACCAGGUAUUCUUUCGAAGGAGUGUUACAAGCAAUCUAUGGAUUCGACCGUGGAGCGCUAGACUGUGAAAAUAAAGUUUGUCUUUUCCAGAAGGCCACCGAUGUUCUGGAGGAAAUGGAUGUCCAACAUGCAAAAUUUUAUGUAGAUUUCAUUGUUCUGUGCAUCUUCUUUGUUAUAAUUCGUAUCGGCUGUUAUUUUGUGCUACGUUGGAGAGUGAAGGCCCAACGAUAAAGCCACCACCACCACCACCACCACUGCAAUCUUUCUAGGAUCUCUUUUCUGAAGAAGGUUCUUAUAAUGGUUUAAAGUCUUUUUUUUUUUUCUCUCCUUUUUAUAAGAUUUUCUUAUUUCUGAAAAAAAAAAAAAAUUAUUUUGGUUUUUAAAAAUUUCGAAA